AUGAGAAUUCGAGUCCGUGGGCCUUCAGGCCAGUCAACUGUUACCUUGGAUGAUGCCGCAACUAUCAAAGAUCUCCGAACCCAAAUUGCGGAGAAGACCGGCCUUGCUACCUUCGACGUCAAAUAUGGAUACCCUCUCAAACCACUCGAGCUUGACAGUUUCCAACCAGACCAGGGGAUAUUAGAAGUCGGGAUAAAUUUAAACGGAGAGUCACUCAUCGUCGCACAGAAAGAGGGGGCCAGCCGAGGCGUGAGCGACGAUGCGCUAACAGCUCGAACGGCGCCACCACAACCAUCACAGCCAUCGCAGCCACCAAUGCCGCAAAGACCACAUGAGAGCACCGCCGAAGACCCGCCAGAAAUAGCCUCCCCAGAACAUGCUGGAACGUUCGUUCUCCGGGUGAUGCCCGACGACAACUCGUGCCUUUUCCGAGCAGUUGGCGCUGCAGUCAUGGGCGAUAUGGACACGAUGGUUGAGCUGCGAUCAAUCAUUGCAGGGACCAUUCAAUCAAAUCCAUCGGAAUACUCAGCAGCAAUUUUGGGCAAGAAACCGGACGAAUACUGUACCUGGAUCCAGAACGAGGACUCGAGCACCGACGCGGUGUAUUGUCGUGUACUCGGGGAUUCACUACGAUGUCCUUGCGCUGUCCCCUCCCGGCCACCCUACACCCAUGCCAACCCACUGGCACAUGACGACACAAAGAUAUUUGAGGCCGUUGAUCCGGUUGUUUUGGAAAAGGCCAAGGAAUUGUGCGGGGUGUUGCAAGGCAAGCACUACUACACUGACACUUCUGGGUUUACUGUUCACUGCAACAUCUGCGGGGGCACAUUCACUGGAGAGAAGGGCGCUACGAAGCAUGCCGCGGAGACCGGCCAUUAUGAUUUUGGAGAGGCGAGUUAG